AGCAGCAGCGACCGCCCGAUCCUCAUGACGUCUCGCUUCGAGCACACGGUGUCGGCCGAGGGCCAGCACCUCGUCAUCACGGGCCGAGAAGGCGCUCUCGAGCGGUGCGAGGACGAGCCUAUCCACGCGCCCGGCGCCGUCCAGGCGUUCGGCGUCCUGAUCGCGUUCGACUACGACGAGUCGGAGCGCAUGACGAUCCAGCAGGUGUCGGAGAACUCGGGCUUCAUCCUCGGCCUCCCGCCGCGCACCCUGUUCAAGGUCAAGUGCCUGACCGACGUCCUGAGCGAGGACGAGGGCGACGCCCUGCGCGACGCCAUCGAUGCCCUCGACGAGCGCGACGAGGACCCGGGCAACGACGAGGCUGGCCCGUACACGUUCACCUUGUCGGGCCGCGGCAACCCGGGCACGGCGCAGGACGAUGCGCAGAGCCGCGCCCGCCUCGAGUGGACCUGUCACGCCGCCAUCCACCGGCCGAGCCCCGAGCGGCAGCCCAAGCGCCUCGUCCUCGAGCUCGAGCUCGUCGACGACCAGGUCAACCCGCUCACGACCGAGUCGAGCGAGCCCGUCGCGACCGAGGACCGCGGCGGCAUGGUCGACGUCGCCGGCGAGGACCCCAACAACGGCAUCAACCCGUCCGAGGACGACCUGAUCGAGAGCACCGUCUCGAUCGCGCGCCCGUUGCGCAUGCUCGCUCGCGGCAAGUCGACCCGGGUGCGUCGCCGCAAGGUGCGCCGCGGCCUGGACGACCUCGACGUCGUCGGGCUCCUGAGCCAGAUCAACGACCAGUUGAGCAAGACGGACGAGCUCGAGACGUUCCUCAAGAUCACGGCGGGCGUCUUCAAGGAGUUGACCGAGUUCGACCGCGUCAUGGUGUACCAGUUCGACGAGGCGUGGAACGGCCGCGUCGUCGCCGAGCAGGUCGACUGGACCCGCACCAAGGACCUCUUUCGCGGCCUCAACUUUCCCGCGAGCGACAUCCCGCCGCAAGCCCGUGCCCUGUACCGCGUCAACAAGGUCCGCGUCCUGUACGACCGCGACCAGCCGACGGCGCGCCUGUGCUGCCGCUCGAUGGACGAGGUCGACGUCCCGCUCGACAUGACGCACUGCCACUUGCGCGCCAUGUCGCCGAUCCACAUCAAGUACCUCGGCAACAUGGGCGUCCGCUCGAGCAUGUCGAUCUCGAUCACGGCGUUCGGCGACCUGUGGGGGCUCAUCGCGCUGCACACGUACGGCCGGUACGGCCACCGCGUGUCGUUCCCCGUGCGCCAGCUGUGCAAGCUCCUCGGCGCGAGCAUCUCGCGCAACAUCGAGCGCAUCUCGUACGCGAGCCGGCUCCAGGCGCGCAAGCUCAUUAACACGGCCGCGAGCGACCAGAACCCGGGCGGCUACAUCCUCGCCAAGGCCGACGACUUGCUCGACCUGUUUCACGCCGACUUUGGCAUGCUCAGCAUCGGCGACGAGGCCAAGAUUCUCGGCCAGGUCAACAACUCGCAGGAGCUUCUCGCCGUCCUCGAGUACCUUCGGGCGGCGCGCUUCACCGGGCUCAAGUCGACCCAGGACAUCAACCUCGACUUCCCCGACAUCGACUGUCCGGGCGGGUUCAAGCUCAUCGCCGGCCUCUUGUGCGUCCCACUGUCGGCCGAGGGCAAGGACUUCAUCUUCUUCUGCCGCUCGCCGCAAGAGCAGGAGGUCCGGUGGGCGGGCAACCCGUACACGAACAAGACGAUCAACGACUACCAGCCGCUCGAGCCGCGCAAGUCGUUCGCCCAGUGGACCGAGGUCGUCAAGGGCAAAGGUCGAGCCUGGACCGACGAGGAGAAGGAGACGGCGAGCGUGCUGUGCCUCGUUUACGGCAAGUUCAUCGCUGUGUGGAGGGAGAAGGAGAGCGCGCUCGCUGCGAGCCAGCUCACCAACCUCCUCCUCGCCAACGCGAGUCACGAAGUGCGCACGCCGCUCAACGCCAUCAUCAACUACCUCGAGCUCGCCCUGGACGGCCCAAUCGUCGGCGAGGUGCGCGACAACCUCGUGCGCAGCCACGCCGCCUCCAAGUCGCUCAUCCACGUCAUCAACGACCUCCUCGACUUGACGCGCACCGAGAAGGGCAACGAGCUGUUCCUCACCGACCCGUUCAACCUGUCCGAGACGCUCGAGGAGGCCAUCUCGAUGCACCGCGACGAGGCCCGCCGUCGAGGUCUCUCGCUCGAGCUCGUCGAGACGCCGACGGGCACGCCGCCGACCCUGAUCGGCGACCGCGCCAAGAUCCGCCAGAUCGUCGCCAACGUCGUCGGCAACGCGCUCAAGCACACACAGGAGGGCGGCAUCCUCGUCGAGUGGGGCGAGAUGGCCGACCAGGACCUCGACGACGCGUUCGAGGAGAAGAAGGACUCGAUCCGCAUCGGCAUCUCGGUCACCGACACGGGCGUUGGCAUCUCGGAGCGCAAGCUCGAGAACCUGUUCCGCCAGUUCGAGCAGAUCUCGACCAUCGGCGACAAGCAGCGCGACGAGGACACCAAGACCGAGCAGGCCGUCGGGCUCGGGCUCGCCGUCGUCGCGCGCAUCGUGCGCAACCUCGACGGCCAGCUCCAGGUCGAGUCGAAGGAGGGCAAGGGCUCCAAGUUCACCUUCGUCUUCCCGUUCCGCCUGCCGGCGCUCGACGCCGAGGCGGCGCCGCCGACCAAGGGCGAGCUCGCCGCAGCGGGCGAGCGCAAGAACGCGCGCCAGAUUGAGCCGGCGCCCGUCCAGAACGGGCUCCGCCGCCGCACGAGCAAGCACAGCACCGACUCGGCCGACUCGCGCAUCUCCAAGGGCUCGUCGGGCCGGUCCGAGAUCGAUUCGCUCAUCAACGCCAUGGCGAGCUCCCACAUGUCGCCGCCGGCGGGCAGCCACAACGACCAGUCGUCGGCGGGCACGCGUUCGACGACGUCGGCCCAGUCGGGCGGGUCCCGGCGCUCGUUCCGCUCGGCCCUGUCGCACGUGCCCUCGCAGGGCUUCCCCGAGUCGAACGCCGGCAGCAGCGCCGCCGCUCGCGUACGAGCCGAGUCGGGCCCCGGGCGCGUCAACGUCAAGGGCAGCCAGAUCCCGUUGCGCGCAUCUCGCGUCGGCGCCGGCGGCAGCAGCGGCGCCGCCAUGUCGCCCGUCUCGUCGCCCAACCUCACGACGGCGCACAACGGCCCGUACAGCCCCUUCUUCCAGUCGUCGUCGUCGUCGACCUCGUCGAUGCUGUCCCCUUUCGGCGCCGGCGACCGUCCGCCGCAGCCCGAGCGCGCCGAGUCGCUCAUCUCGGACGCCAUCAGCGGCACCCAGAGCCCUCGCCACAUCAGCCAGUACCGCAAGGCGUCGAUCACCCCUGCCGUCGAGGACUCGAUCGAGCCCAUGCGCGUGCUCGUCGUCGAGGACGAGAUGGUCAACCGCAUGAUCAUCCAGCAGCGCCUCAAGAAGGACGGCCACGACGUCGUCGUCGCCGAGCACGGCGGCGCCGCCGUCCGCAAGUUUGAGGAGGACCGCACGGGCUUCGACAUUGUCCUCAUGGACCUGCAGAUGCCCAUCAUGAACGGCGUCGAGGCGAGCCGCAACAUCCGCCGCAUCGAGCGCGAGUCGCCCGUCGACGUCGACAAGCAGCGCGAGACGAGCCGCCGCAACGUCGGCAUCCCCAUCCUCGCCGUCUCGGCCUCGCUCCCCGAGCGCGAGCGCCCGACCAUCGUCGACGCCGAGCUCGACGGCUGGCUCCUCAAGCCGAUCGACUUCAAGCGCCUGCGGCGGCUCAUGCGCGGCGCGCUCGAGCCCGACGCUCGCGACCCCGAGAUCUACCGCCCCGGCCAGUGGGAGCGGGGCGGCUGGCUGCACUCGUUCCCGCCCGAGGGCGGCCCUCGCAACAGCUCGGCGCGCCGCUCGUCGGCCGGGGCGGCAGGCUCCUCCAAGGGCAAGCCGCCCUCGCCCGACAACGCCUGAUGGCCUUCUUCCUUCCCCUCCUCGGCAUCCUCCCACCUUCCUCCCGCCGCGUCGUCCCGCCCUCACACACGACUCGACGCCGCAUCGUCCACCUUCUCUCUCAGCAUCGUCGUCCUCCCUCUGCAACCUUCAAGUAUACCCUCGCCGUCGCAGCAAUUCCUCUCUCGCGUCUUUUGUUCGCCUUCUACCAGGCGCUCGUCGACGAUACACGUGUCGCGAGGCCUGUGUCGUACCUUCUACGACCCCCUUUAGUUUCCCUCUCGUCCUCCCUCCCCGUGCUGCUGCCCGCGCACCCCCUCGCAACUCUCUCCCGCCCCCAUGUCCAGAGGUCAUUGUUGUCUUUGUCGCCUCCCUUAGUAGCCCCCGCACACGCCUCGACUUCCCUCUCAGCCCUUACUCGUCUCCUCCCCCUCCUCCUUGCCUCCCGGCUCUCUUUUCUCCGGUCAUACUUGCCCCGGCGCCCUCCCUUUGGCGGCCGGGUUCCCCUGCGUUCCUUCCGUCGGUAUCUAGAAGGCAAAACACGAGUUUCUCCAUCU